GCGCUGUCAGCGUUCCAAUAGGAAGUUCCUAGCAGUAAAUAUUUAGUUUAGUUUUUUUUGAGGCGGCCGCGAAAGAAGUCGUGUGUGCGUGUAUAUUAUGUGUGUGGGUGAUCGGUCUCGCCGUCUGUUAUCUGCGUUAAGCUCCAUUUAACGUGAGAUAAAAAAGGAGAUGUUAAAACGGCGAGCGAAGUGUUAGAACCGUUAGAAAUUUCAUUCCAUUUGAAUCUCGAAUCUUAAAAGUAGAAAAAUAAAUAAGAAAACAUGAAGCUUGCCCUUUUGCUGGUUGUCACCACUCUGAUCAUUUCUGUUAGUUCUGAUGGGGAAGAUCUGUAUAAGCUGCUGGGUGUUGCUCGGGACGCUACAGUUAAGGAGAUCAGGAAGGCUUUCAAGGGGUUGGCUGUGAAAUUGCAUCCUGAUAAAAAUAAGGAUGAUCCAGAUGCUGAUGCCAAAUUUAUCAAGCUCACACAUGCCUAUGAUGUGCUGAAGGAGCCAGAUUCUCGGAAACAAUAUGAUCUGUAUGGGGAGACCACAGAUAGGGCUCAGACCAAGUAUCACAGUUAUUCUUACUACAGAGACCAGUUUGGCUUGUACGAUGAUGAUCCUUUGAUUGUCACCUUGAGUAAAGCAGAUUAUGAGGUGAACGUUUUGGAUAAGAAUCAGGCGUGGUUCAUCAACUUUUAUUCGCCUCAAUGCCAUCACUGCCACGAUUUAGCGCCGACCUGGAGGAAAUUGGCGGCUGAUUUAGAGGGAGUUGUCAGGGUGGCUGCGGUGAACUGCGAAGAAGAUUUCGUGUUGUGUCAUCAGCUGAGCAUCGAAGCCUAUCCGACUCUUCUGUAUUACGAGAAGGAGGCUCAUAUGUACGAGGGCGAACGUUACAGGGCCUCGAAGGGUUUCGCCGAUCUCAAGAGAUUCGUCCUCUCGAAGUUAACCGUAGAUGUACAAAAGAUUACCAAAGAUGCGUGGAGCGUUUCGAAGGGCAACCAAUGGUUGCUGUUCAUGUGCGGUUCUUCGGGCGAUUGCCCUGAAUUGGAAACGCAGAAGAAGUUGGCCGCUAUUCUCGACGGUCUCAUGAUGGUGGGCGUUAUCGAGGAUGAGACAUUGAGCUCGGAGAUUUACAAGGAUCAGACGUCCGUCGUCUUCUGGCAGAUCGGAGAGGACGCGAAGGCUCAUCCCAUCACCGGUUCCGAUUCUAAAGAGAUCUUGGAUAAUGUGCUCGAUUUGCUUCCUAAUCCGGUGGCUAUAACCGAAGUCGAUUUCAAGGAGAUCCGGCGAAAGCUGAGGUCGGAUGAAGAGCAGCCCUGGUUGCUUUGCUUCUACUUGGGAACGGCCACCGAAUUGAAUUUGCAGCUGAAACGUUUGCCCACGAUGAUUUCCGACAUUCAAAUCGGAUUGGUCCAUUGCGGCAGGAGCUCAAGCCUUUGCUCUAGCCUCCACGUAUCCCAUUAUCCUGCCUGGGGAAUUCUGAAAGAGGGCGGCGCUUUCGAAUUGCAUCACGGAAGGGACGUGCUCUAUGAGGUGGCGGCCUUCGCUAGGGACAGCAGUGCUAGUACAAAUCUUCACGCCAUUUCGCCAGCCGAUUUUCAUAAUAUCAAGGAAGAGGGAGGCGCGUGGUUCAUUGAUUGGUACGCUCCGUGGUGUCCGCCUUGCCGUAAACUGAUGCCAGAGAUGCGGAGGGCCAGUCAGCACUUCAAUCCCGAGCAGGUGAAGUUCGGAACGAUCGAUUGCACCCUGCACACCGGUCUGUGCAAUCGCGAAGGCAUACGUUCCUACCCGACGACCGUCUUCUACAACGGCACCAAACCGAAACAGCAUUUCCACGGAACGCUCAGCGAAAGCGGUAUUGUUGAAUUCGUAGAUGAUAUGAUCAAUCCUUCUGUCAUAACCUUGGAUAGCGCGAAUUUCGUUAAACUGAUGCGGAAACCGGAGAGCGAGAUGUGGCUCGUCGAUUAUUACGCGCCGUGGUGCGGCCCAUGUCAGCAGCUCUCAACCCAAUGGAGGAUCGUCGCCAAGCAAAUGAAAUCCUUCGAGAACGUCAAAAUUGCACAAGUGGAUUGCGUCGAGAACAGCGAUCUCUGUUCGGCGCAAAACAUCAGAAGCUACCCGACGAUCAGGCUCUAUCCAUUCGACUCGAAAGGCCUCAACAGCGUUGCCAUGUACGGAGGACACAGAGACGCGUUAUCAUUAAGGAAUUGGAUCAUGAGUUUCCUUCCAACGUCCGUGCACGCGUUGAGUUCUAAGGACUUCCGCUCGAAAAUACUGAACAGGAAUCCGAUGACUCCAUGGCUCGUGGAUUACUACGCUCCUUGGUGCGGACCCUGCCUCCAAUUCGAGCCGGACUUCAGGAUGGUCUCCGAUAAAUUAGAAGGAAUCGUGAAUUCCGGAAAGGUCAACUGCGAGAUCGACCGGAACUUCUGCAUAGAGAUGAGGGUCACCAGUUACCCAACCGUCAUCCUCUACUUCAACUCGCAGAACUGGUAUCAUAUUUCCUCGCGUAAUCCGGAGGACAUCGUCGCACGUGUCAAGAAUCUCAUCGAAGACAAUAAGAAUCGCAUCCUCCACGACGAAUUCUAGAUGCGCUUCUCAUACGCUUCUUAAACUAAAUAACUGUAACACAGCAUUAAUUUUUGAUACUCGUUUCUUUUACCAAAAUGUUUAGAUGUAAUCCAUUGAAAUAUGAUAAAUACGCUUUGUUAUAGUUUCGUAUGUACUAAAUGUAUAAGAUUAUAUACAAUGAACUAAGAAGCGCUAUUCUUCCGAUGGAAAUUUAGUGAAAUUAUAUAC